ACUAACCCAUCAGCUGAACAAGUAUUCCACUUUCUUGGUGCAACACUUAGCAGCUUAUAUGAAGUAUUAAACAUAGCGCCUUGUAACCUCCCUUCGCGAGCUCGAGAACACCUCCGCAGUAGUCCCGCAGUGGUGGUACUAUGACAACAAACAAUGGCUCUUCGUUCGGGUUCCUUGAGUGAAAAUGGCGAAAUAGUGGUAGUUACAGGUGCAGCUGGGUUUUUGGGGAUUAAGAUAGUUGAACUGUUGAAUACGCGAGGAGUGAACAUCCAAGAGAUCCGAGGUGUCGACAUCCGUCCGAGACAACCAUCGUACUUCCUUCAAAAUGCUGAGGGCGGAAGAUUGACGUACAGGCAAGCAGACAUUUGCAAUUAUGAACAGGUCAAGGAUGUUUUCACACAAGCAACCGUUAUCAUUCAUACAGCUGCAAUAGUAGAUAUCAACCACCCAUCUGCGGUGAAAAUGCAUGAUGUUAAUGUGCAAGGAACAGAAAACAUAAUCCAAGCCUGUUUGGAAUGCAACGUGGGCAAGAUGGUGUACACAAGUACUGCAGACGUUGUUCUUGGAUGGUUGGAUAACAACAAUAUAAAUGAAGAAACGCCCCUUCCUGGUGAAAAAAUCUCAGAUUAUCUUUUCAGCCAGUAUGCAUUUACUAAAAUGCAGGCUGAGAAGAAAGUCUUGCAAGCUAAUGGCAGUCUGACAGCAAAUGGAACUUUUCUGGUUACAUGUUCUUUAAGAUCACUGGUAAUGUAUGGGGAAGGAGACAAGGUAUUCCUUCCAAAUGUUAUUGAUUCUGCCAAGAAGCAGUUUGGUUAUUUACCCAGGAUGGGAGAUGGUAAAGCCAAGCUUAAUCUAUGUUACGUAGGAAAUUCUGCCUGGGCUCAUGUGCUUGCAGUUGAUGUUUUGAGGAAAACACCUAAGAAAAUUGCUGGUAAAUCAUUUUUUAUUGGUGAUAACACACCAGAAAGUAACUUUUUUGACUUUGUUGAACCUUACUUAUCAGCUACUGGAUGUGAUUUGCUAAAUGUUUCAAUUCCGUUUGUGGUUAUUUUUUACAUUGCUUUUAUUUUGGAGUGUAUUGUAUGGGUUUUGCAUCCAAUCUGUAACCUCUCUUUGGCUGUAACCAGGUCCUCUGUUGUCACUGUGUGUAAGGGUGUGACAGUAAGUUGGAGAGUUGCAAAGAAACAACUUGGUUAUGAACCAAUGUUUUCAUAUGAACAAUCAAAGAAUAACACCUUAAGAUAUCUCAUAGAAAAGUAUGUUACUUAAACUUGAUUUUUAAAGCCUUUUUCUUGUAGAAGAGGACAUUUUACUAAUUCAUUCGCAAUGUUGAGAAACAAAUUAAUCUCAUCAUAUGACCCCCACUUCCCUCUCAUAAUAUGUACUUAUUGACUGAGUGGGAGGGCCUGAUGGGAACAUAUUUGGCUUGAGGUCAUGACAUACAGACCGAAAGCAGCAAGGUCUAUGUCUCAUGACCAAGAGCCAAAAAUUGUCCCGUCCAACCCAACUAAACUCAGUCAAUAAGCAUUUUAUCAUAUGACCACUAAGUGUGGAAAAUUUCAACCUAAAUAGGACAUGACAGAAGGGCACAUGCAGCAACACAAGCACAAAUUCUGAAUUAAAACUUGUAUUCUUCCAAGUCAGAACAAGAAACUCCCAAUUCCUUAAAAAUGCAUGUGUUUAUCUCAUUUCUGUUUUUUGCAACAAAGCAACGUAAGGGCACCAAGGCUGGACAGCUUUUUCCGCACCGGCUCACGUCAGCUUGUCCAGCUAUGGUUUUCUGUGGGGUCACACAAGCGGGGCAGUAGGGGUCAUGUGAUAAUUUGCUUUUAUUCAAAAGCAUUACUGAAAAAUUCUUAGUAUGAGGGCCAUAAGCAAUGGUAGGAGCAGGGUCCAUAAGGCACAGAGGCUACUCAAACAAUUACUGCAAAAAAGUGUUUUUUUUUCAAGAUGGCCUGUAGCAGAUAAAUGCAGUGUGUUUGAUGUUAAGAGAUAGUAUGUCAAAUAAACUAGAAUUCCCUUUAAGAAACUUGCCUAUUGUCAGUAAGAUAGGCCUCUUUAGAACCAGUACCAAAUGGUUCUUUUAGAGAUGGCUUGACACAAAGGGGAAGAAGUCUUAGAAAUAAGUUUAAAAACUCAUCUGGUUGGUGCAGACUGAUAAUUUGGGGUAAGUGGCUAACAUAGGUGUCUAUUCAAAGAGCAUUGACAAAUGAAUUGAAAAAAACUGGCAACAAGUGUGUCACUCUAUGUUGUCAAACUUAAGUUCACAGCCAAUACACCCCAACUGAGAUUUAACUGCUGAAGUGAGGGCCUUCCUAAUAGGAAAGGAAGGCUGUCUUAAAAAGACUGUUCAAAAACCUAUUCCACCCGUUUUGCAUGUUAUUUCUUAGUAAAGUAAAGUAAAGUCUGUUUAUGAGCUUAGUGGCCCAUUAGGCUGGUGCUUAACUCCG